AUGAAGAAUCCAGUACAGAUAAUGGGAACUGAAGAACAAGCCUCCGACCGGAAUGUGAGCGGGUCAGUUUUUGGUGCUCUGCAGGACAGACGUGGCAUCCCACAGUUGGACAUGCGACAGAGGCGCGGACUGUACAUGCGGGAGAGGACGAACGUGGCACUGACGACGCAGUUCCAGUGCAGUGCGGCAGAACCAACAGUAGAGCCAACAGCAGAAGCAACAGCAGAACCAACAGCAGAACCAACUGCAGAAGCAACAGCAGAACCAACAGCAGAAUCAACUGCAGAAGCAACAGCAGAACCAACAGUAGAUCCAACAGCAGAAGCAACAGCAAAAGCAACAGCAGAAGCAACAGCAGAAGCAACAGCAGAAGCAACAGACGAAUCAACUGCAGAAGCAACAACAGAACCAACAGUAGAGCCAACCGCAGAAUCAACAGCAGAAGCAACUGCAGAACCAACAGCAGAAUCAACUGCGGAAGCAACAGCAGAACCAACAGUAGAGCCAACCGCAGAAUCAACAGCAGAAGCAACUGCAGAACCAACAGCAGAAUCAACUGCGGAAGCAACAGCAGAACCAACAGUAGCGCCACCCGCAGAAGCAACAGCAAAAGCAACAACAGAACCAACAGCAGAAGCAGCAACAGAACCAACGGCUGAAGCAACAGCAGAACCAACAGCAGAAUCAACUGCGGAAGCAACAGCAGAACCAACAGUAGAGCCAACCGCAGAAGCAACAGCAAAAGCAACAACAGAACCAACAGCAGAAGCAACAACAGAACCAACAGCAGAAGCAACUGCAGAAGCAACUGCAGAAGCAACAACAGAACCAACAGUAGAGCCAACACCAGAGCCAACAGCAGAAUCAACAGAAGAACCAACAGCAGAAGCAACAGAAGAACCAACUGCAGAAGCAACAGCAGAACCAAUAGCAGAAUCAACUGCAGAAGCAACAGUAGAACCAACAGCAGAACCAACAGUUGAACCAACAGCAGAACCAACAGUUGAGCCUUCAGUAGAGCCAACAGCGGAAGCAAUAGCAGAAGCAAGAGCAGAGACAGCCAAAACAGAAGUAGUUGCCGCGGAUAAGACAGCGGCUUAUGCGCACACAUCAAUGACACCGGAAAACGACUACACUUCGAAUGUACCUAUCUAUACAACUACAGAGAAACCACUUGACUAUUAUGGGGAGCACCAUUCAACUCACACAACCAAGGAUCAGCAGCCUCCAUUUUUCGUCUUCGAUAAAACAACAGGGCCGUCGACAGCAAGUAGUACAUCGGUUGGAGUAGUAACAACGCCAGCAACUACUGUAAUUAUGACAGCCACGUCUGAGUCCGUCGCUGUACCGAAGGUCGCCUCACCAGCUGUGGAUUCCGCGAGAAUAGAACCAGCGGCUAAAACCACGAAAGACAGCGGAAAGAUGACUGGCACAGAUCUACCCAGUACGAUUACCCCAGCAACAGAACAUACCACGUUCAUAGAUACCACGGUCGAACAAACGACGAUAUUUAAGUUUGAGAUUGUUCACCGAACUCAACCACCUACAGCUGCUAAGUCAUCGACCACGCCGGAGACGACAGAAGCUACAGCACCGUCAUCUAGCGAAACUCCUAAAAUGAUUACAGCAACGACGACAGAGGAAUUUAGUACACCCAUCACAACGCCCACAGCAACCACGAUGCAGCCAACCAGUGAAGCUAUUACAACAACCCCAGCUACACGACCGGUAACUCGCGUUUUGACAUCAAGGCAUCCGGCAACUAGACGCCCACCAACCACUGACUCAUGGUCCACAGAAGACGUGAAGAUAUAUAGCCAUGCCACCACGUAUACAGCCGAACCAACGUACCCUCCCCUGACAUUUCCUCAGAACAAUGGUAUAACCGUGGUGUGUCCACCCGAGACGUUUCAAUGCAACCAGGGUGGUUACAGUUUCACCGACUGUUUGCCAAAUAAUUAUCGUUGUGAUGGCGUUGUUGACUGUUCGGAUGGCACCGAUGAGUUAUACUGUAUGAGUGAGAACUGCGCCGAUAACUUCAUGUGUAACAGUUCUCAGUGCAUCAACAAACACUACCUGUGCGAUGGCAUCUGGGAUUGCACAGACGGAAGCGACGAAAUGCCUGUCUGCGAAGAGAAGAUGUGCACUGAGGAAGAGUACAAGUGUUCAGACGGCUACUGCAUACCGAGAACGUGGUUGUGCGAUGGUGAAUACGAUUGCGCCGGAAAGGAUGACGAGAAAGCGUGCUACAACCUUCCCGAGGAAUGUGAGGCGGGUCAGUUUUGGUGCUCGCAGGACAGGACGUGCAUUCCCCACAGUUGGACAUGCGACAGAGUGCCGGACUGUACAUCGGGAGAGGACGAAGUAGACACAUUGUGUGCGUGCACUGACGACCAGUUCCAGUGCAGUGCGGGUGGCUGCAUUGGUCUGUCCGAGCGCUGCGAUGGGCAGCCGAACUGUGACGACGGGUCCGAUGAAUGGGGUUGUGUGAAGCUGCAUCAAUCCGGCAUCGUGCAGGUGCUACACUCGGACGAACGCUUGUUGCCCGUGUGCAGCGAUGGGUGGACACGCGACUGGGCACACACCGUCUGCCUACAGCUUGGAUAUAGCGCCGCAAUAGAAUCAGAAGCGGUGCCCAUCGAAGGAACAAACAGCAGCUUCCGCGUACGACCAGAGAGCGAUCCUUUCCUCACGUCAAACCUUGAAUCGGCUGUUACGCUAAGCGGUAGCUGUGCAUCGUACGCGCGAAUCGCCUGCGAGCAGCACAGCUGCGGUGCCUUCACCGGACCGAGCCCGCGUCGGCGGCAGAAGCGGGUCGUCGGCGGACGUCAGGCGCUCGACGGUGAGCUGCCCCCCAUCGCCAUCAUCUAUCAUCUGGAGACGCAGCAGAUCUGCGUCGGUACUAUCAUCUCGCCCGUGUGGCUUCUCACGUCUGCGCGCUGUAUCUCCAAGAUUGACAAGAACCCAGGAGGCUAUGCGGUGGCUGCCGGCGCGUCAUUCCCAAAUCCAUCCAACCCGAACACACAGCUUAGAACCAUCCACAGAAUCAUCACCAACGCCAGGGCGCAUUACACGAGAUUUUUCCCCGACUAUGACAUCGCCAUAAUACAGCUGGCAUUGCCGUUCAACCUCAACGAGUACAUUCAGGCAGCCUGCCUGCCGAACGAACCCGCAUCGCAAACUGACACAUGUCUGACUGCCGGAUGGGGCUUCACCAAUCCGGGAGGAAUUUCGGGCUCUUUCAACACGCACCUGAACUUCAUGACGGUGCCCGUCGUCAGCAGCGACAGCUGUAACGAGACGAAGCACUACAACGGCCACCUAACGGAGCGAACCGUGUGCGCUGGCUACCAACAGCAAGACAAGGCACUGUGCGAUCACGACGAAGGAGCGCCUCUGCUGUGUCAGGACUCGCCCGAGGCGCCGUGGCAAGUGAAGGGAGUGCUGAGCAGCCAGCACAAGUGCGGUCUCUCCCGACAGCCCUCCAUCUACGCCGACGUCGCCAGCAUGGCAACCUGGAUUCGAAGCAUCAUCUACAGAUAGAAGCCCUUUACAUGUCUAACGAUACAUAACAACAAGAAGACAGCAAAGAGGAAAUGCCGUUUUCCGAAUACCACGUUGAUGCUAGUUCUAUAGGGACUCAUGAGAAAGGCUACGCAUACAGAAUUAUUUCACUAUUGCACUGGAAGUACGUUUACGUAACAUUACCAACCGCCUAAAACUAGUGUCAACAGGGUAAACACUAUAUAUAUAUAUAUAUUAUAUAUAAUUAUAUAUAUAUGUAAUACGGAAGAUAGUUCUUCUGGUGGAUGUACGGUUGAUGACCGCGCGUUGAACGCGGUUGAUGAACGCGCGUUGCUGACCGAUCGCAAUUCUCUGCACACGGGUUCAGCUCGUUGAAAUGCGCAGCGAGUCGUGCCGCCGGCUCUAUAUAUGUGACACGAUAGAAGCAGAGGGCGGUCUCACCGUCGCAACCUGUUAGAAUUAAAGUAACGAAGCAGCAGGUGCUUGGGACCAAUGACCGGACGGUGCUUUACAGAGCAUGCACGCCCCCCCCCCCGCCGCUCGUGUAUGUGUGUGUGUGUGCGCGCGCGCGCGCGCGCGUGCGUGCGU